CAAAACAUGACGUCACUAUAAUUCAACUCAGCUGCAGAGGCUGCUGGGAGAAUCUUGCUGUGUCGGAGACAUUUUGGAUUUAAAGGGGCUGAGCCGUCAGUCCUAGCUCUUGGUUUCCCUGAGCUAACUAGAAGAUGUCCACCAUGGUGUAUCCACGGGAAGAGAAGCUGGAGAAGCUCUCUCAGGAGGAGAUCAUCUCCAACACAAAGCUGGUGAUCCAGGGUCUGGAGGCCCUGAAGAAUGAGCACAACUCCAUCCUCCACAGCCUCCUGGAGACCAUCAAGUGCCUAAAGAAGGACGAAGAGGCCAACCUGGUGCACGAGAAGUCCAACCUGCUUCGCAAGUCAGUGGAGAUGAUUGAACUGGGCCUGGGAGAAGCUCAGGUGAUGAUGGCCCUGUCCAACCACCUGAACGCCGUGGAGUCUGAGAAGCAGAAGCUGCGCGCGCAGGUGAGGAGACUGUGCCAGGAAAACCAGUGGCUGCGGGACGAGCUGGCCAACACCCAGCAGAAGCUGCAGAAGAGCGAGCAGAGCGUGGCCCAGCUGGAGGAGGAGAAGAAGCACCUGGAGUUCAUGAACCAGCUCAAAAAGUAUGAUGAGGACGUCUCACCCACUCAGGAGGAGAAGGACCGAGAAACACCCAAGGACUCCCUGGACGACCUCUUCCCCAACGAUGAGGAGGAGCAUGGCCAAGGAAUGCAACACCAACACAACAGUGCAGCCGUGGCUGCAGCCCAGCAGGGAGGCUACGAGAUCCCGGCCCGUCUGAGAACCCUGCACAACCUGGUGAUCCAGUAUGCCUCCCAGGGCCGGUACGAGGUGGCUGUCCCCCUCUGCAAGCAGGCUUUGGAGGACUUGGAGAAGACUUCUGGACACGACCACCCUGACGUGGCCACCAUGCUCAACAUCCUGGCCUUGGUCUAUAGAGAUCAGAACAAAUACAAAGAGGCCGCCCAUCUGCUCAACGAUGCUCUGUCCAUCCGUGAGAAAACCCUGGGCAAAGACCAUCCCGCUGUUGCUGCGACGCUGAACAACUUGGCUGUGCUGUAUGGAAAGAGGGGAAAGUACAAGGAGGCUGAACCUCUGUGUAAGAGGGCUCUGGAGAUCAGAGAAAAGGUCCUGGGGAAGGACCACCCAGAUGUGGCCAAACAGCUCAACAACCUGGCUCUGCUUUGCCAGAACCAGGGCAAGUAUGAGGAGGUGGAGUACUACUACUGCCGUGCCCUGGAGAUCUACGAGAGCAGGCUGGGCCCAGAUGAUGCCAAUGUUGCCAAAACCAAGAAUAACCUGGCAUCCUGCUUUCUCAAACAGGGGAAAUACAAGGAGGCUGAGAUUCUGUACAAAGAGAUUCUGACUCGUGCUCAUGAGAAAGAGUUUGGAUCUGUUGAUGCUGAAAACAAGCCCAUCUGGAUGCAUGCAGAGGAAAGAGAGGAGAUGAGCAAGGGCAAGCACAGAGACAACACUCCAUACGGAGAGUACGGAGGCUGGUACAAGGCCUGCAAAGUCAACAGCCCUACAGUGAACACCACCCUGAGGAACCUGGGCGCCCUGUACCGCCGGCAGGGCAAGCUUGAGGCUGCGGACACCCUGGAAGAGUGUGCUGUGAGGUCUCGCAAACAGAGCAACACAGGCAUUGAUCCCAUCCACCAGACACGUGUGGUGGAGAUCCUGAAGGAUACAGACGGCGACAGGCGGAGGAGCAGGGACAGCCUGAGCAGCGUUAAGUAUGAAAGCGGCUCUGAGACCGGCGAGGAAGUGAGUAUGGGCGUGGAGUGGAACGGGGCCUAAGCCAUCAAGAUUAUUCCUCCAUCCUUCUCUCCUUCCCCAACACCAUAGCAAAAGGAUGUGUGUUGUCGUUCCCUCUGGCCUUCUCUGUCCCAAACAAACCAACAGCAUCCUCCACCAUUCCCGGUGCCCCCCCCCCCCCCUCCGGUUGCAGAGACUCAGAAAGUCCCCUCCUGGCUGUCACCUCUGUCCCCUGUUCAGCUGACACCUGCUGGGACGUUUGGUCUUCUCAUCUCUGCUCUCUUUUUUUAUUUGAUUUUUUCCUCUCUUCCUUUCACUCUCUCUCUCUCUAUCCUCUCCUCUCACUAACGCUGUGUCAGAAAUAGUGACUUCAACUCUCUCUCUCUCUCUCGCUCACUUGACAUUAAAAAGCAAAAUUCAUUGUGUGUGAACUCUUUUCCCUGUGAGGAAGCCACUCGCACUUUUUUCUUCCUCCAACACCCAUUUGUAAUUUUUCAUAGGCGCGUAGUAGAUUUAUUUGGCUAGAUAAGAGGAGCAGGAAAGUAAUUUAUUAGAAGAAGGUAAAAUAUGAAAGAUUUGGAGGAUCAGGGACACCCUUUUGAAGGCAGCCUUGGCUCCAGACAUCACUCCAACCCACGGUCAGAUAAAACAUUACAAUCACUAUAGAGUGGAUAUAUUACAAAACUCCACAGUUGCUCUGCAUUGGUCUCACUCGCAGUUUAUUAAAGAUGACCUCAAAGCUAGCUUGCAACCUGGUGCCUGUAUUUAGCCAAAAUAGUAUUUUUUUUUUUUUAAUUAAUUUUUUUUAAAGAAAGGUAUUUUUUUGCUGUUAGUUUUCUGUUUUUAACUAUUUUAACAAUAAUGAGAUCAAAUGCCUAAACAGUGUGGAAGUAAAUGGUACUGUAUAGUUUAACAUGCUUAUCAAAAUAUGUCAUUUAUUUUUUUUGACUUCUGUGGCUGGUGGGAAAUGAGGAGGGAGCAUUGCUUCUCAAUAUUUAGUUUUUUUUUUUUUUUUAUUGAUAUAUUUCCUUUUUAAUUUCAAUUUUGUAUGAUUUUGUUUACAUUUUCUUUUUUUUUUUAAAUGUUGAUUUAUUUUGUGGCUGAAUAUUAAGGCAGUAGUUAGUCAAUAAUGCCUGUUGUGAAAGACUAGUAGGGCCAACAUCGGCUGACAGCAAAUUGGCUAGAUCACAGCAAGCUAAAAUUUAGUUUCAAGUUGCUUUCAUGGGCUUCAGUGUCCUUUGGUUUUGGAGCGUUCACACAGGCUCUACACUGGUACAAUAGGUACACAGUGGCUUGCAUUUACAAAGGGAAUUAACAACAUCGGCUGAUGCUGUAAAGCCAAAAUGACCGCAGAGACCAACCGGAGCAUCUAGCACAGACACUGGCCACCUGGGAAAUUGCUAAAUAAUAGUCGAUUUCAAAAUAAUGCGGGUAAAUGCCCAGAAUUGCCUUUUUAUUUGUUGGUGUAGAAGUAGACGCUAGUGUUAUUAUUCAAUGGAAGCCUGGAUUCCCCAGUAGUUUUAGUGUGUAUUUGUGUAUAUUUUGGUGGUACAGUCGCAGUGCCCACUCUGGCUAUGGAUACUGUAUUGAACACAAAGCUUAAUGGAGUGUGUUGCCUUUUUUCUUACACAGUUGUUUGCAAGCAAACCUUGUCACUUUGGUGAAUCGUGUUUUUAGACACCGAAAAGUACAGUGCGAGUGUUUCAUCAAGAUCAACAUGUUGUUUCAGAUGUUUAACUAACAAUGUAAAAUGACUUCAACAUCUUUAAAGUGUAAUUGUAGGCUGUAUUUAUAGAUUUGACAAGUGCAUUCACUAUACGGCUUUUCAGUAUGCUACUUGCCUUGAUUCUUCAUUCCUUCCAAUGAGUACACCUAUACUUCUAAUGCAACUCUGAACAAAAGAAUUGACUAUGUACAUCAUAUAAUUAUGACAAUAUUGUUGUGUUAGUGGAAUGCUUAUUUAUUGAACUGUCUAUUCUUGGCAUAUAUAGUGUGAUUUCAGUUUCCUAAAGUGGAAUAAAACAUAAAUGGUAAGGUCUAUAAGCACUAUCUUAGUAAGUAGAACUGCAUUAUAUUUACCAUUCUGCAUUGUGAAGAUUAUUGCAUCAACACUUGUUGGUAUUCUCAAAUAAAGUUUUUCAUUUGUGAAGUUUUGUCUUUUCUCUGCAUCGGAUUGAGAAGUCUGUAUCAAUGUGUGCCGUCAGUGGAAACUUUUAUGUUUCAUCUCUAGUGGCGACUGCAGCGCCUCCCAGUGGAACACACACAUUUAUUUUGGCAGAUACAUGAUUAACCCACAGCCCCCCCUCCCCCCUGCUGGUGAUAAGCCUGUAUUGCAUUAUGAUGAUCACUCUGGUCACUGCUUGGUUAGUAAUUCAAACACACUAUGCAGGACAGCUGGUAUGUAACAAUAAAAAAAUGAAUGAAUGGAUGGAUUGAUAAAUUACUAUAACACAAAAAAACGCUUUGAGCUUGAUUAUUUCCAUUAUCUAAUCUGCUGGUUGAUUUCUGGAUACAUUGAUUAAUCAUUUGGUCUGUAAAGAAUAUAGUGACAAAUGUCCAUCACAUAUCCUAAAGCGCAACGUGACGUAUUUGCGCUGCUUGUUUUGUCCAACCGACUAAAACCCAAAGAUACUCAGUUUGCUGUCACAAAAGACAAAGAAACGGAGCCAAUUCUCCCGAUUAAGAUGCUGUAACUUGCUUUUUAAAUGACAUAAAGGAUAAACCAAACAUCAGAAUAGUUGCUGAUUCUGUAGAUGAAAAAAUAACACACAACACAACCAUUGGACAAUUAUGAGCCCUUCACACAAGUGACCUUGCUUGAUGGAUGUGCAAACUGAAGUAUCUACAGUUGAUUCUAAUGGUGUAACUUUUCAAAAGAUACAUAUACUUGAUGGUUACAGAGUGAUAAUGAUGACAAUUUUGUGGAAAGGUCAGUUAUCGGGGGAGGAAAUGACGCCAGCGUCGCAUGCUGUCUUUGUUUGACACUGAACACGUUUGCAAAUCUAGCUAAAUGUUUCAGUAUCGCCUAAUGUAUUGCUCUUAAAAUGAUUUCAUGUACAAACCCCCUUUUUGUGAGACUUAAAGCCGUUUGGCUGCAAACAGCCAUUCAUAACAGGACUGGCGUAUGCAACAUCAACCAAAAUAA